GUGUGCACGCUGCAGACCACACUUGUGUAUGACUUGCACGCAGUGCAAAUCAUAAUUAUAUACCUCCACAGUAUUUUUCGAAUAUCAAUAAUUUUAUAAAAAUAAAUAACUCCAUCAGGCCUACAAGUUUUGCAAGUAUUUUUUUAAUACGGUGAUAACAAGAGUGAAACGUCGCAUGUUGUUAAAAUUGUAUAAGCCCUGUGUUUUGUACUUGUGAGUCAAAUUUUUGUUCAAUGGGAAAACUACUAAUUCACACGUUCGCCAUAAUUUUACUGGUCAAUUCAGUAAUAGCAUGGAAACCCAUUGCAAACGUAAAGAAUGGUACUCUGGAAGGUACUUUUAUGAAAAGUCGAAAAGGGAAAGAGUUUAUUAGUUUUAAAGGAAUACCUUAUGCAUUACCUCCAUUGGGUGAACUUCGAUUCGAGCCUCCAAAACCGGCAGCUUCAUGGACUGGAAUUCGAGCUGCCAAAGAAGAUGCUGAAAUCUGUACGCAACGAAAUAUUUAUACACAUCAAGAGGAAAUAGUCGGCGUUGAAGAUUGUUUGUACCUUAAUGUUUACACUCCAAGUUUGCCAUCUACAAUCGAGCCGCAGAAUCAGAUAAAUUAUCCUGUGAUGGUUUGGUUCCAUGGCGGUGGUUGGGUAACAGGUGCCGGUCAUUCGGAUUUUUAUAAUCCAAAAUUUUUGUUGGAUCACGAUGUUAUAUUAGUCACAAUUAAUUAUAGACUAGGGCCACUUGGAUUCCUGAGCACCGAAGACCUCAUAUCACCAGGAAAUCAAGGAAUGAAAGAUCAAGCUCAAGCUAUUCGUUGGGUUCACGAAAAUAUUAUCCAUUUCAAUGGAGACCCAAAUCGUGUUACCCUUUUUGGAGAAAGUGCUGGAGGCGUUGCCGUUCAUUAUCAUAUGAUCAGCCCCUUGUCGAAAGAACUGUUUCAGCGUGGAAUAUCUCAGAGCGGUACUGCUCUAUGUCCUUGGGCUUUAACCAGACCGGGACUGGCUAAGAAGAAAGCUCAACGAGUAGGCGAAUUAUUAGGUUGUCCCAAAGGCGACUCAAAGAAACUUAUAGCCUGCCUACGUACUAAAGAUGCGACUGCAUUGAUUGGCACUGAUCGCGCAUUCCAGGUUUUCGACUACUGUCCAAUGAUACCUUUCAGACCUGUAAUAGAACCUGAUCACCCAGGAGCUUUUUUAAAAGAAGACCCAGCAAUUUCUUUGAAGCAAGGAAAACUUAGCGAUAUUCAUUGGAUGACUGGCGUAACUUCUCAUGAAGGUGCUAUUAGAACUGCAGGUCUUUUCGGAUUACACAAUGGUCAGUUGUCAAAAAGGCUCGACCAAGAAUUUGAACAAUUGGCACCUAUCAGUUUGUUGUACGAAGAUACCUGUCCACCAGAAAAUCGUGAUAACGCGUCGAAAAUGAUUCGUAAAUUUUAUUUUGGAAAUAAGCCUAUAGACAAGGCCACAAAAGCUGAAUUGACUGAUAUGUAUUCAGAUGCUUGGUUUUCUAUUGCCGCUGACGAGGCAGUGCGAGACCAUUUAGAAAUGUUUUCUUCGCCUGUUUACUACUAUUACUUUGCAUAUAGAGGGAGUGCAUCAUUCAGCAAAAUUUUCGGCGACGAAAAAGAAGAUUAUGGGGUCUCGCAUGCCGAUGAAUUGCAAUAUCUCUUUCCAGUUGGUGAACAACUUUUCCAAGAUACACCUUUGAGUAAAGAGGACCACCGAGUAAUAGAUAUUGUGACAACGCUUUGGUUUAAUUUCGCUAAAACUGGGAAUCCCACACCUGAAAUCUCUCUUGAUAUCCCGGUAAAGUGGAAACCAGUGCAAACACCAUCGUUAGAGUACUUGAAUAUUGGUGGUUCGGAUAAACUAUUCAUGUCAAAAGAACUUUUCCUAGAUAGAGUGAAGUUCUGGAGUGAAUUGAUGCCUUCCAUUCGUGAUAUAGCAGGCGCUGUGUAUAAUUACCGUAGACCCAUCAAAGAUGAAUUAUAAAAUAUUUCCUAAUUAAUAGACCUUCAAUAUUAAAAUAAUCUUGAGGGUUUCUCGUACUUUUAUGUUUAAUUAACAAAUGUCUAAUAUUUUUGUUAUCCAUUGAAUGAGUUUAUUAUUCAAAUUCAUUUUUAAUGCGGGAACUUUAAAGUGAAAUAGUAAUAAGUUUUCUUUGUAGAUAGCUUGUUAUUUUCAACAUUUAGUUUUUUCUGAAAUGAAUGUUACAAUUUCAUAAGAAAAUACUAAAAAUGGCCAUACAUUUCUUUUGAAUUUUAUUAUUACUUUGAGGCAUAUCUCUUAAUUUAUUUUAUUCUCUUGAAUACAUUUUUAUAAUUAGGUAAGAUCAGGACGUGUUAUAUAUUGACAUACUUAUUAUGUUUAACCAUUAGCCUAGAUUGCAGAGUGAUAAAUUACAUUUUUCCAAGAGAAAUAAAUAAGGGUGCUCAAUACAUAUUACUACUUCGACUUUACUGGUUCUUGCAACAGUUAUUUUUCAAACAAGUAAUUACUUCGCAAUAAUUGCAGGAAAAGAUCAUUAGUGCAUGUUGAUUAAAAGAGUUUUUAAUUCAAUAAUUGGCUGUCCAGCUAAUGAUGAAUAGAACAAGCAUAAAUUAUCAUGAGCUAUUUAUAUAAUAAAAAUUAAUGGUAAAGAUUAUUCAUAUAUUCUUCCUACACUUACUGAUUUAAAUUGUAUUAACGCAAACCUAAAUAAAACUAGUGCAUCCUCUACUACUGCGACUCUAGAACUGAUAUUUUUAAAGAAAUAAAACUUUAUUUGUUAACAUAGAUUCAUGAAUUAUGACAGUUGAAAUUGAAUAAGACUAAUUUUUCUGUAAACAUAUCUUUUAUGUUCAGUAUUUCAUUGUACUUUCUAAUAUUGUAAAAAAAUUUGAACUAACGAAUUGUAAGUGCACCAUAUCGACUUCUGUCAGUUGCUCCCUCCCUCUCUCUCUCUCUCUCUCUCUCUCUCUCUCUCUCUCUCUCUCUCUCUCUCUCUCUCCUGUAUUAGGUCCUUUAUCCAGUUUCAUCCAUUGACAUAUCUAAAAUAUCUUUAAACAACCAUGAAAUAACCUUGUAAAUUUUAAAUUACUUUAAAAUAGCCUUAGAUAAUUUUAAACGUUAUGAAACCAA